AUGUCUUGCGCAGCGAUCCAAACACCCGAGACACACACUGUAUCUGAUCAAGGACUUCUCGUCAAUGCCAUCUCCUGUACAGACCUUGAAGCAUGCGUUAGUAGUAUCAACAUGCCAGACUCACCACAGUCAGGAAGUCACAUAGUGAUUCAUUUGGACGUCGAACCAAACUGUCCAGAUUUUUCGGUGCCACGAGUCUCCUUCGCUUCCAACUACGUCAAAGAAAAGAUGGUUCAAAGAUUCUAUUGGAAUUGGAGGGAAGAAGUUAUCAAAAAAAUUUCUUUGGUUGGUACAACUCAGAUUGGCGGUUUACUCUUUGAGCAGCUGUCUCACCAGACUCUUAGUAAUGGAGGCAGAUAUAUUAUCAGAUCACUUGAAGAAGAAGAAGACAAUCUUUGCGAAAGCCACCUUCACUUUUUCCCCACAAAUUUUGGCUCUGUAAAGAAUACUGCCGAGCUAGUUGAAAGACGUAACUCUGACAAUCGUUUCCCACCAGAAACCUAUGUUAGACCAACCGAUUUGAACUUCCCAGCAAUUGAUUCCUUUGCAGGAAAAUAUCUAUUUCAAAUCACCAAAACCAACCAACACCCUGUCUCUUUUAAAGAACUCACUCAUAUCACUUAUAACCUUGAUCCCUUAACCCCAAUAGAUCCAACAAAACACCAACAAUGGCUGAUGCAUCAACAACAACAACAACAACAACGGGUGAUGCAUCAACAACAACAACAACUGGUGAUACAUCCACAACAACAACGGGUGAUGCAUCUACCAAAUUAUGUGGAGCUCAAAACACAAACUGACCCCAAUGGUAAGAAGAGUUCCACCAAAACCAGAGUAAAAGCCCCUCGUAAUGUACGUCAAUAUGCCCUCCAAAUGGUUUUUACCUCUAUCCCCGCUAGUGAAUUGUAUCCCGUGGGAAGUGAUGUUGACAAUUAUUAA